AUGGGCAACUCUCCCUCCCCGCGAGGCAUCGCGGCGAUAGUUGGGCGCUCUGUCGCCGGCAAAUUCGCCCACGAAGGCUACACCGUCGCUAUUCUCGCCCGCGAUCUCAGAAAGCUGUCGAGAUUGGCGAACGAGAUAGUGCGGGAGGAGAAGCCGCAAGUGUUCGCGAUCCGCAUCAACUUCUCGGAGACGCACAGCGUCAAGGAGGCGUUCAAGGGCGUCCUGUCCCUCAGAUUCGUUGAGGUUCUGGUCUACAACGCCUACAACCCGGCCUCGUCGUGGGCCCCACCGCCUUCACUGACCUCCGCCUCGAUAAUUUCGAGAAGUCGCUUGCUGUCUCCUCUGUUGGCGCAUUCCACUGCGUCCAGCAGGUGA